AGUCAUACGCUGCCAAACUAGAAGCAGGCUGUCGGUAUAUGUGUGUGUUCACGUCACAGAUUUCCGAACAUAAAGAGGCUGACAGCAACUUUCUAACGGUAACACUAAUUUUGUUGGCAGCGUCUUUAGCUUGUUACGUUUUUUUUUUUUUUUUAUCAUUAGUUAGCUAAACGUGUUUGAAUUGUUGGUUGUGGUUACUUGGCGAAAACUUCGUGAAUUAACUAAUGUCCAUAUUGAGACAGGUGUGUUGAAGAAGUCAGCGUAGGAAAGCUAGUGUUACAUUUGAGGUUAGUUAAUAACGAGCUACGUUUUUUUUAGCCAGUUUUAGCUGCGUAGCUUGAAUUAACGGUAGUUAACGUCUGCUAAAGUUAGCAUAAACUAGUUAGCUUCCGCACUGAAGAAGUGGUGUCGUUCUGCUCGACUGACUUUCCCACCACGAGGCAUCUGGACCGGAGCACACUUGCGCCUUCUUUAGGAAUACUCAUAAUUACUUCAACUCCAACUUCUGUAUACAGGUGGUGUUUUCUACAACAGCAGCAUGCCGCCAGGAGUUUCAAACAAGAGCCAGCUGUUAGAAUCUCUGAAGGAUUAUCUAAACAACAAGAACAGACUACAACCCAUUAUUGGCUUGGGCAGCAUAAUAGAAUGUGUGAAAGUGGGUCCACAGAACAGAGACUCAUUUUACUUGUGUGAGGUGUGCAUCUGUCAACUAAAUAAAGCCGACAUGCGGAACCACAUAUUGGGAAGUCUCCACAGAUUCAACUACAUUAAAACCUGGCAUCCGUACUUACUGUCUGAAUGGCAGGAGAACUCUGAUCUGUCUAAGCUGGCCUGGCCCCUGAUGGAGAAAGCCAAGGUGCUUGAGAGAAAAGAGGGACCAGGACAUGUCCAGUUAUUAGAGGUAGAAGAUGCUGUAUACCAGAGGAUGGCAACACACAGAGAAAAAGACGCUGUAGCUCUGAUAAAUUCCUUAAAGAAUAGACAGAGUGAGCCUGAGUCUACGUCUUUGCACUAUCCCGUCCAAUCACAGAGGACGGUAUUGCUUGCACAGUCCCAACGGGGAAUGUCCAAGAAAUCCCUCAAGGCUGACAAGAAAUCAUACAAGACCGCACAGUCAGAACAAAAGUCUCUGCCCAUGAUGCAAGCAAAACCCCCUGUCAAGCCAGAAGUCUGGAUAGAAAACAUCUCAACAUCCCAGCUGAACGAUACUCAGACAUCACCUGAAUCAAUUUCAGAGAAAAGCAGGAACUUUCUUGAUGACUACACAGGAACCAAGCCUCUUAUAGGCCUUUCCUGUGUGGUUGAGUAUAGAAGUGAGGAUGGCUGCUCAUACUGUUUCUUAUGUCACUGCUGCCGCAUCAAAUCGGACAAAAAGGAUGUCACUGUUCACCUGACCAGCUCUUCCCAUCUCCUCAACUACUUGAUGGAAUCUUGUCCAGAGCAAGUGGUGGGAAUGACUGCAGAUAUCAGAGAUGACCAUCAGCUUCUCUGUUCACUGGCCAUGAAAGUGGAGCAAAAGGAAGGCAGAGGAGAGCUGAAGGUAGUAAAUGCACCAGAAUCCUUCUGUAUGCAACUUAUUGGCAAAAGUUACCACUGGUGUAUAAAGAUGCUGAGUAGUGGAUGGACACAUGCUAACAUCCAGAAAAAGAGAGCAGGUGUCAGAGGGUCAACUGUGAAUAAAACCUCAGGUCGGGAUGUGUCUGAGAAAUACCAUGCAGUGCUGCCAAAACGGGCAAAAAGACAAACAACAAAGACGAAAAACAGGAAGAUGCCCAAUACUGUGUUCAGCGUAAGCCUGCCUCUUACCAAAGGUUCAAUUCUGCUGGAGAGGUCGUCUUUCAGCAUGGACAGCCUCCCUGUGUGUUUUGCAUCACCUUCAUCUGAUGAGUACCUCCGUCUCUCUCCAGAGUCUCAGAUAAUGGGCUCUGAAUUUUAUGACUGUGAUAAUGGAUCAUUUGAGGUUAACGAUGUUGAAUGUCCCACAAUGUGCAAAACCUCACAACUACAACAAAAUCACUAUGGUGGAGAUGCAAAUGCUGGCCAAUACAUACCAGAAAAACCCUUAUCCGUCACUCUGUUGCAAGAUGCAGAAGGAUACGCCAAUAAUGGUGUAUACGUCCUCCAGUCAGAGGAUGUAACUGGGGCAAAAGACGAUGAGAUGUAUGGGGAAGGGGCUUACAACAGACAGCAUGGUUCUCAAGAAAGUUCGAGUCAGACGUUCUUUAAAAAGUCAAGAAAUGAGAACCGCCAGACGCACAAUGGACUGUUGCCUGCUGUGUCCCACACUAUGACCUGGCCACCGUAUCACUCUUCCUACAGGCAAGAGGUGGGUGGCGCUGAGCAGUGGCACAAUUCAACUUCACAGAGUCAAGCUGGAACAAGAGUGGAAGGCUUUGGAGAAGAGAACCACAAGGACAUGAGCUUUGAUGCUCUUCAACAUUAUUACCGACAACACCAGUACACGACAGCAGACACAGGUCUUCAUUACAACACAGCUCCUGUGACGGGCAGUGUGGGGCAUCACUAUCUGUCUGGUGAGCCGGUUGCUUAUUCAAACGCCGCCCAGACAAACCUGCAGACUCCCUUAGGAGAUUGUCUCGCAUACAACGGCAGCAUUCCAUCACAGGCUGGAGUACAGUUUCCUGACAGUAAGCCGAGAUCAUCACAAACGUACACGGAGUUCACCACCGAGCAUUUCCAGACAGCUGCACAAAGCUACACACAGUCUACAGCCUAUCAGGCCUAUCAAUCUGGCCAAGUAGACCAGGGGUUGACAUCUAACCACAGCACUGGAACCUGGACAAACCCUGACCCGCAUUAUGCUUAUCCAGCCAGCAUCUGUGGUGGUGCUGGGGUCCAGUGCUAUCAUCCAACCUGGCCAAGCUCUGUGUUACGGGGCCCUCUCAGAUCUUAAUAUCACAGCUACUGCUUUGUGUAGAUGGAAAACCUCCAAUUAUGAUGACUUGUCCCAGUUUCAGUUUCACAAUAUUUACCAUAUUUGGCUGAGACUUAAUUUCUACACAAAUAACUGACAUCCUUGUUUAGUCACACUUGUAUUGUCCUGUGUGGGAUGGGGUGGAACUGUGGCAUUUUUGAUGUUUAUCUACAGUAACAGUAUUUUGUUUCUGUCAUAAAGGGAGUCUCCUAAUGGUGGGAUGUUUUUGCAUCGUCUGGAAUCAGUAUUCAGAUUUGUCCUGUUUGACUUUACAUUUCAACAGUGUUUUCUAACAUACAUCUUUUAUAUGCAGCAGACAGCAAUUUUGCAUUUUCAGUCAGAUGAAAUCUAAAACCACAUUAGAUUUUGGUCUAAUGAACUGAAAUGAGCACAGACAGUACAACAUCUCCUUGGAUGUGCUUGGAAAUACAGGUGGGAAUAGAAGGGAAUGUUCAGCUGUUGUAUCGUGAGUACAUAAAAACAAAUGCUUUUUGAUUUUUGAAUUAAGUAUGUCUCUUAUUUCCAUAUAUUAGAAUUGUAUUGGUGACUCAAGCCAACGGAACAGUAAUGGAUAAUUUGAGAAUUUAAAGUCAAUAGUGGAAUUUAUUCAUGUUUCUAUGUUUUACAAGUAAUUGAGAAGAAUGAUCAUUAAUAUUUACCAUCAGACUUUGCACUGUACAGCAGCUGACAGUUUUUUUCAGUUUUUUAAAAAAUUGUCUUAGUUUAGAGAGCAGCAAUGGGAUCAUAUGCUGAACUACGAACUUUCCUACUUUUUUUUUCUUUUGCGCUAUUAUGCUGAUAUGACAUAUGCAUUUAUUUUGUAUAGGCUGUGCCUGAAGAACUCCAAAGAAUUUACUGUCAUUACAUUUAUAAUAUGUUGGGCACGGUUUAUGCUUGAAUGGAUUCAUUCCUCUUUUUUAAAAUGUUUGAAUGUGCUAUUUUGCUAAUUAUUAUGGAAUAAAGCACUGCUGAGGUUCCGA